AACUAUGGGAUAAUCUUCUCUACCAGACUAUAGUUACCUGGAGUAACAUGGAACAGCGGGGCAUCGGCUGCUAUCCAACAUAUCCAGCAUGGAGCAUUUUUAGAGCAUGGCAUAUGGGGACAACACUUUUGGUUGGUUACGCCUCAUGACUGAUCCAUCAUAACGAGCCUACCGUCCUAGUGCGUUCGCCCCCGAUCCAAAUUCCCAAACCACUAGUACCUUUAGUUGACCUCACUUUUCGGUUCUUCUCUCUCCCUCUUCCUCUCUGUUUCUUGCUUCUGAGUGAUGAAGAAGUUGGCUGCUCCUUCUGCACGAGAUGAUCCCUUUUUGGUCUGUAUAGAAGCAGCCACUUGUUUCUGCAAGUCUAGUAGACAGUUGCAGCCGAGAGUUGUUUCCAAGGGAGGGAUUAUGAUUCAAAAUUCAGAUGCACGGCCAUGGAGAGAUCAUAUGUGCAGUCUCUCAGGAUGGGGACAAUUAUCAUCUUCUACACUGGCUCAUGUAGUUUAGAUAGCAGGGACGAGGGCUGCUCAACUCCGUGGAAGGUGUAUAGUUCCUUGAAGCAGCCUCGCUUGUUCUUUGUUCAUGCAUAUAUGAUUGAUCCGGGCCAUGAUCAUAUUUAGGUCGACAACAAGACUGAGGAGCUUGUCCUUGCGCUCAACCCAUGGCGACGCGCCAACAGUGGCAACCAGACGGUGUGUCUUCAGGCCGUCCGGCUGUGAUGCAGUCUUGGACGUUAUGAAGUCCAUCCUCCCUUGAGCUGUAACGGAGUUGAGAUACUUUGUUGCGUGCAUGGAGUAAACCGACUGUCUGCAGAGAUAUGAAGGAUGAUGAGUGCUUGCUAUCCGUGUUCAUGGCAGCUCGCCGACCAGACUUGCUUCAGGCGAUGCCCCGGAGGCGCCGGCGACCGGCAGGAGUGGCAGGUGAAUGAAGAGCUGCAGGCAGAGGAGGAGGAGGUGAACGAGCUGAUGGAGGCUUUCGCCAUGAUCGAUAAGGAGCCUUUCGCCGUGUUUGUUAAGGAGCCUUUCGCAGUGUUCGUUACUUAUGCACCUCCCGAUGUGAGGACUGGCACCAAGUUCAAUGUGAGGACCGGCAAGAAGUUGUCGCCACUAGUGGUGCACAACAGUGGGCAGUAUGGUUUCAAAGCGAAUUGUAAGACCGUGAAUUCGUGGAGAUCUCCACGAACUGUUCCACCGACUGAGCUUCAAUUCUGAAGCUAUAAGCUGUGAGCUGGGCAUAUGGUUUGAUCGAAAUUUAAUGCGUUUGAGCAAUAAUGGAAUUGUGUAUGGUUUGUGUGUGCUUCCCUGUACAUUUCUGUUUAGAUACAAAAAUCAUACUCAGUUUGAGCAGGGUCUAAAAAUGUUGCCUCUUCCUGCUGAUGGAGGAGGGCCGUAAGGUCUGUUUCUUCGUUUCUUUUUCCCUUACCUCACAGAGUUUUAUUUAGUAACUUCUUGCCUCUUCCCGCUGAUGGAGGAGGACAAGCAGCAAUUAAGCUUAUGUGUUUGUGGGGUGGGCAUAAACCAUAAUUGUCUUUCUGUGCUCGCCUCCGUUGACCUA